AUGUCUCGUUCUGGCGGUACAACUCUCUACGUCACUGGCUUCGGCCACGGCACUCGAGCACGCGAUCUCGCCUACGAAUUCGAACGAUAUGGCCGACUUGUUCGGUGUGAUAUUCCCGCACCGCGGACAGCUUCCAGUCGCUUGUUUGCUUUCGUAGAAUAUGAGAGCCGUCGCGAUGCAGACGAUGCCUACCAUGAAAUGCACAACAAACGCAUUGGUCGUGAUGAUCUUUUGAAGAUUGAGUGGGCCCGCACUCCCCCAUCGGCAUCAUGGCGCUUCGACUCUGGUCGUGACCGUCGUCGAGACAGGACUCCUCCCCGUAGAGGACGUUCUCCAUCUCCUCGCCGUGGACGUGGUGAUUACUCGCCUCGCAGGGACGACAGGCGCGAUAAAGAUUAUGACCGACGAGACCGGGACCGUGAUCGUGAGCGCGAGCGCGAACGUGAUCGCGACCGGUCUCGCAGCCCCGAUGACCGUGACCGUGACCUCAAGGAAGAUCGUGACAGACAUGAGGACCGUGACCGCCGUGAUGACGAGCGCGACACUGCUACGAAUGGCGACGACCGAAAAGCUCUCGAUCCUCUCCCUUCAGGUCAUGAUGAACUCGACACAGCCGAGUAA